GAAAGAGUUAAUGGUUGCAAAACACAUGGUCAUUUCCUGAGCCCUGUGGUUGGAUGAGUACAAACUUUCAACUAUUUCUAAUUCUUCUCUGUCAUUUAAGAGGCUUUCAAGGUGCACUGUACAGCCCAGCCCAGCAUGCAAAAUGAGGUUGAAAAUGGAGUUUUCCAAUCAAAAAUGACUUUAUAGAAAUGGGACCAUUUGGCUUUUGACUACUGCCUCAAAAAUUCCUGGAUGAAAUGAGCUCAUUUUAAAACUCUUACUCAUAGAGGAAAUCUGAUCUUCUGGAGCACGGAAACACCAGUGGUCACCACGGCGAGACGAAUUCCUUAGGGAACUGCCUGUUCUCAAGCCAAGUGUUCAUGAUAUGAUCCAUCUGGCUUAUGGUGAUCAACAAUUCCUCAGUGAAUAAUGGUUAAAAACGGAUCGCAGCUGGAUGCUGAAACACUGGCAAUGCUCCAGAAUAAAGCUAUCUCCAUCACCCUUCCAGUUGUGUAUACACUGGUGGCUAUGAUCAGUAUCCCUGGCAACUUGUUCUCCCUUUGGGUACUCUGCUGGCACAUCAAACCCAAAACACCUUCUGUUAUAUUCAUGAUAAACUUAAGCAUCACAGAUCUCAUGCUGGCCAGCUGCUUUCCCUUCCAGAUUUCUUAUCACAUCCAAAGCAAUCACUGGAGCUUUGGCAAGACUCUGUGCAGCCUUGUGACUGUGAUGUUCUACUCCAACAUGUAUUCUUCCAUACUGACCAUGACCUGUAUCAGCAUUGAGCGGUACAUGGGUGUGGUCUAUCCCAUGAAACUGAUGAAAUGGAGAAGAAAAAGAUAUGCCCUGGCUGCCUGCCUAGGUAUGUGGAUUUUGUUGCUGCUAGCCUUCUACCCAUUAGAAAGCACAGAUCUGACCUAUGAAGUGGAACAACUGGGGAUUAUAACUUGUUUUGACGUCCUCAAAUGGGAUAUGCUGCCCAACUUUGCAGCCUGGGUAGCCUUUCUCCUCACGCUUUUUGUUGUGCUUUUCCUGAUCCCCUUUGUUGUAACAGUUGGAUGCUAUAUUGGCAUCAUUCGGAAGCUUAUUCAGACAUCGAACAGAUAUGGCAACAAGCAGAAGAAUAGAUCCAUAUACCUGGCAAUGAUAGUCCUUUUGGUUUUUGUCACUUGCUUCGCCCCAAAUAACUUUAUCCUACUUGUGCAUAUGAUCAUCCGCCUGUUUUAUGACAGAAGUUUGUACCCUGCCUACAAGCUCACCUUGUGCCUCAGUUGCCUCAACAACUGCAUAGAUCCCUUCAUUUAUUAUUUUGCAUCCAAAGAAUUUUACCAGAAAUUCAUGCAAGUGUUUCGCCCUAAGGUACUGCUCAGCGACAGUUUGGAAAACAGAAGGGAAAGUUUAUUCUCUGGCAGGACCAUGUCAGCCAGAUCGAUGUCAAGUGGACCUAUGGAGGGGUUAGAGGGUGUAAAGGUCUAUUUGCAAAGGCAAGAAAGUGUUUUUUAGCCUUUGACAUUUCCAGAAGAAAGACACCUGUGAGAUCCAUGAGUAGACACAGAAAACAUUUCUUUCUGAAAGGCUACCCUCAAAAUACCUUGUUCCAGUAACAGAACUCAAGCUAUGCUUGUGCAUCCUACUUCAGCAUUUUCUGGUAAGAAAUGGGAGCUUUAGAGGAACUGAGUUUAUUUAAGAAGGCACUGAAGCAAAUCAGACAUUUAUAAUUAGAGGUUGUCCUGGAAUCAGUCCCACCGCAUGAAAUGUAGGGGUAAGUUUAGAACAAAAAUUACUUGCAGGUUGUAUGUUCUCAGUGUUUAAGCAAAGGCUUGUGAUUCUUGGGGAAUGUGAAACAUUGCUGUGUAUGAAUUAGAGCAUAUACUGCAGCUGGAUUUGGAGUAGACGAGUUAUUUUUCUAAGCGAUGUGGUGUGGGUUUUGUUUGGGGUUUUUUUUAAUGCAUUGCUUUCUACCUUGUAAGAAUGACUAAAACCAGCUUGUCAUUUUACAGUUAAUGCAUAAUGCAUAGCCACUAUGAAUUCACCACAGUACUCGCCCAGCUGUUUAUCAGAGCCAAACCACACCAACCUUUGAAAAGGUUAGAUUGACUCAUUAUUUAUUUCAAUGUUAUAUAGCAAAAUAUCUCAUACAAUUAAAGGAAAGCUACAACUAACAAUAUUUGAGACUACUUCAGCUUCUGAGUAGAUUAUAUUUUUAUUUCCUGUAGUUAUCAAUUGCUCAGGACAGUGUGGAGCAGCUAAUUCAAGAAAACAUUUUUUCUUAUAGAAACAUAGAACCAUAGAAUGGUUUGGGUUGGAAAGGACCUUAAAGAUUGUCUAGUCCGAACCACCUUGCCAUGGGUAGGGGUGCCUUCCACUAGAUCACGUUGCUCAAAGCCUUAUCCAGCCUGGACAUGAACACUUCCAGGGAGAGAGCACUGACCCAUUCUCACAUCGACCUACUACAGUAAUAGUGCUGCUGCUUGUAUGUGAUUGGUAUCAAGUCAUUUUUACCAAUUCACUGUAGGCUAUACGCAGAAGCAGCAUCCCCUUCAGCAGAGAAUUUAGCUUUAUUAUGGUGCACAGACAGUGAGUUUGUCUUCCUUAUGGUGGUAGUGUGGAUUAUUGACCAGAGUUUCAGCUGAAUAUAUCAGAAUUCAACCACAGACUGAGGCGAUUCUGUGCCAGCAGAAACCAGCUGAAAAUCUGUCCCUAUAUCCAGAGGUCAGAAAUGUACUUAUUUCAAGCGGACAAACAGAAAGAAGAAGAAAAAAUUAAAGCAGGGCUUGAUAAUGGGAGAUGUACCAAAUACCCUGGAAAUAGCUUACAGCAGGCUGAUUGUGCAGUCCUGUGUUUGUUACUCAUCUCUUAAAUAUCCUUCUCUAGCUCGUUUGCAUAUACUGUGUAAAGUUGUGUUUCUUCUCAUAUCUAAGAAAUUGUGCACUUGGAAAGAUAACUGCUACAGAAUAUGUACUGGGGACAGAUGGAGGGAAAGGUUUUCCUGUAGUAUUUACAAUUUUUUACCUAUUGGAAGAGUCAAAAAAAACCUGACAGAGCCAGACGAUUUCCCCUUUAUAAGCAAGACAAAGCUAUAUUUUAUCCUUUUGCUGUGCUGAUACUCCAUCCAACACUGAGCAGGAGGCUGUCUUUGACAAAAUGGAUAGUUGGUUCAGACAUCACACUCUAGGUCAGCCUUAACCAGACCUGUACUGAUUUAUGAGCUGUGUGCCUAGGUAAAAGACAAUACCCAAGGCCAUUGAAAUCUGCCUUUUUUCUUUUUGUACAACAUGAUUGAAACAUAAUUUUCCACCACAAAUCACCAUGAAUUUCUUCAUGAUAGAGGGUGGAUAACCACAAUAUCAGUUGUGAGGUAUUUGUAUGUCCUAUCCGCUACCAAAGUAUCAUCAGUUAUUGGAGCAGGAUAAAUGUGAGUGGACCUAGUACUACUGUUCAAAAGCCAUCUGAAGUGGUUCAUGGCAUUUCACAGUGUUAGUUCUAAUUGAUCUGCACGUUUUCUGGCCACAAGGCCAACCUUAGUGAUACAUAAUCCAUCCAGACCUUCCAAUGAAUUUGCCUCGAAGCUCCGGCACUAUCGGCUACUUUAAAUCAUCUUGCAUAUGUUCAAAGAGAGACCACUGAAUAGAUUCCUGUGUGACUCCAGGACUCUAAGCUCCUGUAUCAGCUCUAGGACACCCUCCAAAAUGCCUGCUUAUACCAAAGAAAGAACAACAGCCCUUCCUAAACUGUCCCUCCUCAGUCAGGCAGAAACUCGGUUACUUUACUUGACGUUUUGCAAACCUGCGUAUUAACUUAGCAACGCAUGGUUUCACCUUGUUGUUCAAGUCCCUUCACCAUCCACUUUCACAGAAUUAUAGCUUUCUCACUAUCAAAACUGUUUUCAGUAUUUUACUGUGGCAGAAAGAUUUUUUGAAAUCUCUCUCCUUUUUUUUAACAUGCAAUUAUUUUUACAAUUAAAGCCAUUACUUCUCCUAGCUCUAAUGCAGAUUUUUACUCUAUUUUCUCUUAUACCUGAUCCUCAAGUAUUUAUGUGUCCCCUAAAAUGUGCUGCAACGUGCCUGAACUGUAACUGACAUCAAACAGAGCCAAAAGGGCAGAAACUUUGCACUUUGGACAUCAACUGCUGUAUUUUGAAAAAUAUUCAAUUGCUCCUUUUGAAAGAGAGAAAAGAUGCAUACAACUGACGGAAAACGUUAUUCUCUCUGGACUCAUGCAGCUCUUCAUAGCCCUUCAUACCUUUUCUGACACUGUCUAAAAAGGAGCUGGAAGGGUGCCUCCUUCAGGUACCUCCUCAUGCCAUGACUAGCCUCUAGGUAGCUCAGGUUAGACAAAAUUCCCAUUUGGGUCAGCAGGAUUAUUCCUCAAGAAAGGAAGACAGAAAGGAACCCAACAACUGCAGUCUUUUGAGUCUGAUGGUGUAUACUGUGAAGUUUUAUAUGUGCUUUUACACAGGAGGAGACAAAAUCAUUAAAGUAGCCCAAUACACUGGUUUUGACACUGGAAACAAGUCCUUCAGGGGAACCAUAAUGUAGCAAGAUUUCAACCCUUCUUGGUCAGUAGGUGUGAGCUGACAAACAUAUAUGUGUGUAUAUAUAUAAAUACAAGUAUAGAUUGCCAUGUGAGAGGUUAUUGAGAAGUUCAUGUCUAUAUUGCCUUUGGUUUGGGGAAUUGGGUCCUGGGCACCAUGCAUAAUUGAUUGCCUUUGUGGUUAAUGUAAUUUUCAUGAGAAGACAUGAAUGUAUAGGCUAUUGUUUGGGUUUUUGUUUUGUUCUUUAGUGUUUUUUUCUUUUUGUGAUUUAAACUAUUAUUUAGCAUUUAAAUCUAUGAAUGUGCUUGGGUUUUUUUGUAUACAUAAUAAUUAAAAAAAAACAUUAAAAA